CUCUGAGGAGACACGUGCGGCCAGAGUUCCUGCUGAUGGAGAACCAGGAUCAUGAGGACCAGAACCAUCAGGACCAGAACCAAGAGGACCAGAGUCAGGAGGAGCAGGAGAACCUCGUGGUGGGUCUAAGCCUCUGUGACUCUGCCCCCCUGCUGUGGCGGGUCCAGGAUCUGAGGACAGUCAGGUCCUUGGGGCUGGUGGGAGCACUGCUGGGCUCUCUGCCCAGAACCCCCCGACAGAACCUCCGACUGGGCCGACCGCUGCUGCUGCUGCCGGAGGAGGAGAGGCUGCUGAGUGAGGACCGAGCUGCUGCCGUUCUGCCUGAACAGAACCAGGAUAUAGGGGGCGGAGCUUCUGGUGUCGGGGCGGGGCUUCAGCAACAUGAGGAGGAGCAGCGGAGGAGUUUCCAGGAGCAGAGUGCUCUCGCUUUGGAGGACAGGAAGUCGGCGCUGCUCCGAGCAGUGACAUCAUACUCAGGGUCAGAGUCUGAUGGUGGGUCCAAUGAGGCCCUGCAGCGCCGCUUGCUGACCCUCGAUCAGAACUUUACAUUCCCCCGUUCAGCGCUGGCAGUCCAGCUGAGCACUGCGAGGGCGGGGCUUAGCUACUGCCCCGAGGCUCGCGCCUUCCUGGAGGCCAACUGGCCAAUCAGAGCGCAGGACAGUCCUCGCAGCGAGGCCCGGUACCAGGUGUUCAGAGAUCUGCGGAGGCAGGGCUUCUUCCUCACCUCUGCAGGGAAGUUUGGAGGAGACUUCCUGGUGUAUCCAGGUGACCCGCUGCGUUUCCACGCCCACUUCAUCGCCGUCUGUCUGACUCUGGACGAGUCCAUCUGCCUGCUGGACGUCCUCACCGUGGCUCGGCUCGGCUCCAACGUGAAGAAGACCGUCCUGCUGUGCUCGCCGGCGCCGGACGGACCCGUCAGCUACACGUCCUUACAGUGGAGCGGCAUGAUGUGA